UCUAAAGGCACCUGUCACGGGAACCUCUCGCCUCUGUCCUGUUCUCUACCCCGUCGUCGCCUUCUCCCAGAAGUUGAAGGCCUUUAGGCCUCGACGAGAUCGCGUCCGAAAUCCUCGUCUUCCUUUACCAUCUGCUUCCGCUGGAACUAAGAAGCGAGGAAAUCGAGACGGGAGCUGGCUGGUGAAGGCAUCGACGGGAUCGCGCAUUGUUUCUGUUCGUCUAAAUCCCUAAUACACAAAAUUAAAGAAUUCAGUAAAUUCUGGAUUCAGAGCGAAACAGUGGUAAAACGGGAUUUAUACAGCCGAUGGAGUUAUUUUGGCAAUUUGGCAACCUAAAAUUUGAUUAAUUACUGCUACCAAAACAUCCCUUAGAUUACUUUUGAGUUUAGUAAUUCAGUGAAGGAUGUGAAGAUGCUUUUGUGGGUUGGAUUCGGCGAGUUCUAGUGAUUGGUGAGCUGAUCUUUUGUUUCGUGCCUUGGGCUUGGACCCGGUGUUGAAACUAUCGCGAAGACUUUGCGUUUUUGCUUCUGGUUAUAUAGAUGGAUAUAUCAGCGAUCAAUGAGGAUCUUGCCAACAUCGAUGCGCAAAUCAACGAUUUACUUCGAGCACUAUCAAAUGGGUUUCAGAAACUGGAUAAGGUCAAAGAUCCGAACAGGCAGAGCAGGCAAUUGGAAGAACUAACUGAAAAGAUGAGAGAAUGCAAGAGGCUCAUCAAAGAAUUUGAUAGAGAGUUGAAGGUGGAGGAAAGUCAAAAUACCACUUCUGUCAUCAAAAUGCUGAAUGAUAGAAAGCAGGCAAUGAUCAAAGAAUUAAAUUCUUUCGUUGCACUCAAGAAGCAGUAUGGGGGUAAUCUUGGAAAUAAGCGUAAUGAACUUUUUGACGCGCAUGAGGCUGGGCCUGGGCCUGGUGAAGAGGGCGUAUUCUUAGCUUCAUCUAUGACCAAUCAACAACUAAUGGAUGCUGGUGAUAGGAUGAUGAAUGAAACUGAUCAAGCUAUAGAGAGGUCCAAGAAGGUUGUACAUGAUACGGUAAAUGUUGGCGGAGAAACAGCAGCUGCUCUCAAGGCGCAGACCGAGCAAAUGAGUAGGAUUGUUAAUGAAUUGGACUCUAUCCAUUUUUCAAUGAAGAAGGCAACACAGCUUGUGAAGGAAAUAGGCAGACAGGUUGCUACCGAUCGGUGUAUCAUGGCUUUGCUUUUCUUGAUUGUGGUUGGAGUAAUUGCAAUUAUUAUCGUAAAGAUUGUGAACCCCAAAAAUAAAGACAUUCGGGACAUUCCAGGACUUGCUCCGCCUGUCAACAGAAAGCUACUUUGGGAUCACCAUUAUUAUAGAUAAAAAUCUUCAAUUCACCUCGAAAUUUUUAUACCGGCAAAAUCGCUGCCCAUCUGUGAGAUCCUUAACCUGUGUUUUUAAAAUUUUAUUUGAUUUUUUAUUUAAAUAUCAUCUUGUAUCAUUAGUUGCUUCAACCGUGCCAAUUGAUACUAAUUUUGUGCGUUUCAUUUGUUGCCUUUUUUGAAUUGCCGAACAGCACUGUGCCUAAUUGAAAUCACUCACAUCUCAUGUAUAUCGAAGUAACAUUUUAUAUUUUGCCUGAAAGCAUUUAAUUGUCUUGAUUUAUC